UAGUACGAAUUAAGUGUAAAAUUAAAAAAAAAAAAAGUUUUGUUAAAAUGAAGACUGUAUUUUUAAUUUUUGCAAUAUUUAUAUCUACAUCUGUUAGCAUCGAUGAAGAAAUCAAAGUACUUGAUUUUAGCCGACAAACAGUAAAUCUACAGUGGUAUAAUAAAAAUUGCCGAACUUGUGUAGUUAUUGUUCAUGACAAAACAUUUAUGAAAAGUACACACGAAGCGGAAAUUAAAAUCAGAUCAGGAUUAGUUAAGAGCAGAGUAUUUGGACUUCUACCUGGACAUUUGUAUAUAUUCGAAAUUGUAUGUUUUAAUAAGAAAGGAGAUUUUUAUCGAAUUUUGAGUAAAGAAGUCACAACUGAAAAAGCAACAGAACGACCUAAUAAACCCGAAGGACCACUUCUUGUGUCUAAUAUUACAGAAAGAGCAGCAUUACUUCACUGGAGUAAACCAAAGAAUUGUGCCAAUGCUGUAGAAUAUAUUAUUAAAUUACAUAAAUUAUAUCCACACGAAAUAUAUAAGGAACGGCAUUUUAUUAGUGCAGAAAAUUCUCUAGAGUAUUUCUAUACAGGACUAGAACCAAAAACUGCAUAUCAAUUUGAAAUUGUAGCUGGCAAUUUUCAGGGCAUUUCUGAAUCACUUAUGAGUUCAUUAUUUCUUACUAAAUCUUUAAAUUCUACUCUAGUGUAAUAUUUCGAAAAAAGAUUAUAAUAAAAAAUUCUCCGAAUUUUAAUUAUAUAUCGAAUAACAAUUCGACCUAGCUAAUUAUUUAUUUAUUUAACAUAUAAGUCGGCUUUAAUGGCAAAAAAGGCCUUCUUCCAGAAGUAUUAAAUUAAGCUUAUAAUGUAUUGUAAAUAUAAAAUAAAGUAAUUUUUUUAAAAUUGUGUGUUCAAUUACAAUAAUUUCUUUAAA